AUGACGCAGUUUGAUGAUUUUUUGCAUGCGCCUGCGGGCGUAGCUACAUCAACAGAACCAGUUCCUUUCUGGGUGAGUAUGCCGGAUGAGCAAACCUAUUUGACCGGUGAUGAAGCAGUGGAGGAGCCACAACUUUUGGUUCAAAACGGUACUUACCGAAGAAAAGCUAAAAGAGGGCCGAGCAGGAAUAGGUUUCUUUUGAGACCAGGGUUUAGAGGACCUCAUGAUAGUCAAACUGAUAGGCAGGAAUGGAGGCGUAAAAGCAGGAAUGGCGAGAAUGGCGGGUACAGUCGUUAUGAUCAUGGUGAAAUUUUUUCCAGGGAUCCGAGAAAUGUAAAUUACAGGGCUGCGCCGCCCAAGAUGAAACAUGCUGUGCUUCCUCUUGAAAAUGAUGGUCUAAAUACUACUGUGAUGAUCAGAAAUAUUCCCAAUAAAUUUACUCGUGAAAUGUUGAUGAACUUCCUUGACGAUCAUUGCGUGGUGGAGAACGAAAAGGCUAUGGUCCAGAAUUCAGUUGCAGCAGAGGAAGAAUCAGCCAUCGUGUCAGCGUUUGAUUUCUUGUAUUUGCCAAUAGACUUCCAAAAUCGCGUUAACAAAGGCUAUGCCUUUGUGAAUUUUACCCAUCCAAGAGCUGCGUGGAAGUUUUAUCUUGCAUCUCACAAUCAACCUUGGGGAGCUUUCAAGUCAAACAAGAUACGCGAGAUUUCCUGCGCAAGACUCCAGGGAAAGGCGGAACUGGUGCGGCACUUUGAGAAGAUUGCGUUUCCUUGUGGGGAGAAAGAAGAGUACUUGCCGAGCAGGCGUACAAGUUGCACAAAGUCAAAACCCUUUCUAGCUCUGACCUUUGACAUGGUGCAUACUUCCUUACUUGCUACUGUCACUGUCAUUGUCACUGUCACUGUCAUUGUCACUGUCACUGUCAUGGCUCCUGUAUGA